UGUUGACACGAAAACAUGACUUUCGUCCAUGAUGCACGAAAACCGAUGACGUCAUCGCAAUUGUUUGACGUCACGUUUCUCAGGGAGAUCCAGUCAGUCAGUGUGACGUCGGGAAACAGACAAAAGUACACGUCGGCCAAUCUGCUUCAGAUGUCGGAGACUGCGGUGGCAACGUUCAACUACAUGGCAGAGUACCUAGCCGCCAUGUACAGACACCUCCCAGCUGUUGUCACCAGAGUCUGCAACGUGGUCUACGACACCCUGGGGUCAGGCUCAACGUUAGUCGUCCAGGGGACCCAGAGUGCCAGGCGACGGAUCAGCGCCAUGAUGGGCUGGACGACAACCAAAGACAAAUGAUCCAGUUCGAUCCAGUCUGAUGCAAAUCUCCCUUGUCUGUUGAACGGAACACAUUGGGCUAAUGGCAUGAUUAAACUUUGACA